AUGUCAACAGUCGCGUGUGUUGCCCCCCCUCCCCCAUUGAAUACACUGCAUCUGUGGACUUCGACCUUAGAAUGCCCGCGACAAAAUCUGAUCACCCCCGCUAGGAUUUCCAUUGACCCGGAAUCCUCUGCCCCUCGGCAGGAGGCUGAUCGCGACCCCGAGACAGAUAAAUCCAAGAAACCCGAACCCAUUUCCGUUUCGAAAAGCGGGAAGAAGCUGGCCUCCCCGUUCCCUUCUCCCACCGCAGCCAAUCGACCUGCAUCGCUCAAGACGACUCAACCGUCUGGGGCCGCGGGGGAAUCCAAGAGCUCGGAGACUCGGCAGAUCUCAACGGGGACCGACGGAAAUCUAGAGAGCAAGGAGAACCUACGCCCGUCUUCGACGCAGCAAGACUCUCCUCGGGAAAGACCAUCCCUGAGCUCUCGAUUGCCCAAUAGAUCCACCACCGAUGAAAAGCCACCGUCCUUGAAACGUCACAAGCAGCAAACUUCGAUAUCCGGCCAAUCCCCUCCCUCUCGCGCUCCGAGCGUCGUCCAGUUCCAAACCGCAGAAAACGAUGCCUCAGAACUGCCCCCGUCGCAGCCUCAAUCCCGUCCAGCCUCUCUAUACGGCGAUGAUUCGGAACAGACCAGGGGAAGACAAUCGUUUAUCAAUAAGAUCAAAUCGUUGGCUGCAUCCCCUCCGUUUGCAUCACACUCGCGAUCAGCUAGCGGACCUAAUAUGGGGGAAUUCCGGAUUACUCCAACUGAUUUGCAGACCCCGGGCUCUGAGCGUGGCGAUUUUCGUUUCCCGGAACCUCUACCGGAGGAAGGGAGUGAUAUAGACGCUGAUGCCGAGGAGAGCGGUGGGGAGCAGCGUGAAGCCCCAAAGAAAAAGAGAAAUUUCCGCCGACGACAGACCCAGGAGGAAGAAAGUGGAAAUCGCACCGCUCCUACGACACCCAAAACAACCCGCCGGCCUUCUUUCCACUUCUCGUCGUCCUUUGCACCAUUCGAAAACUAUCGGACCAAUCUUUUCCCCCGCAGAGCAAGCACCACGGACUUCACGCCACAGCAACGAGAAGGUGUAUCCGAAGAUGAAGGCCGUGACAGGCUCAGUAAUAGACGGAAAAGACCUGGUUGGGCAGGCACUCGUGGUAUGACAUAUGGGGGCCGACAAAAUGAUGCGCAAGGAAGCCAGGACGAGCGCCCAAGUCACUUACGGCGACUCACCGGAUUUGCCGGGCCAUCUGAGAAUGCAGAGAGCCUCACGGCCACUUGGAAGCGCCAUCGGAAUGAGCGAGGAACUAGUGCUAGUGCUCAGCGAUGGAGACAAAUCAAGGCCGGCUUCAAACUAAUUGGUCAACGCCGCAAGGUUGAUAAUACCGUGGACAAUAAGAAGUCUGCAGAGUUGCUUGCCGAGCUGGCCUCGGCCGUACCGGCGGCUCUGAUUCUGGCGAGUGCCUUCCAAAGGGAUGAACAUGGAAGCAAACGAAUUCCCAUUCUCUUAGAACAGUUGAAGGUCCGUGUUACAGAUAGCCGCAUCGAUUCCCACUCUGGCGAUCGCCAUCUCGUGUUUCGGAUUGAGCUCGAAUAUGGAAGUGGUAUGACGCGGAUGAAGUGGAUCAUCUUUCGAACGUUGAGAGACUUUGCAAAUUUGCAUCUCAAGUACAAGCUCCAUCUUGGUACCCAGAAGUACAUCCAGCUACGGACUAGCGAGAACAGCCCCAACAUUCCUCGUUUCCCUCGAAGUGCUUUCCCUUAUAUGCGAGGUGUUCGGGGCUUGGAAAGCGAAUUCGAGGAUGAAGAAGAAGAUGGAGGCUAUGAGACCGGCAACGAAACGGCCCAGAGUGGUACCGAACGAGCUGGAAGGAAGAAGAAACAGACUCAGCAGCAUCAGCGUCGACCUUCUGCCGGUAUUGCCCGGAGAAAGUCCAGCAUCACGAAUCAAAACGGCGAGUCGGAAGCAGGCGAAGGAGCUGCCGGGAAAAGGGAAACAUACCCCGAGAGACAGCGCAAGAAACUUGAGAUGUAUCUGCAGAAGAUGAUCCGUUUCUUAAUCUUCCGGGCUGACAGCAAUCGUCUGUGCAAAUUUCUUGAAUUAUCUGCGCUCGGCGUCCGACUUGCUGCCGAAGGGAGCUACCACGGAAAGGAGGGCUUCCUUAUUAUUCAGUCAUCCAAGGGCCUUGAUUUCCGGAAGGCUCUGACUCCAUCUCUCAUGAAAAAGAGACAUUGGCCCAAGUGGUUCCUGGUUCGCCACAGCUACAUUGUUUGUGUGGAUUCACCAGAGGAGAUGAAUAUCUACGAUGUUUUCCUCAUUGAUCCAUACUUCAAAGUUCAGACGCCAAAGAUCAGCCUUCGUAACCAGAAAGCAAAGGAGUUGGCGAAAUCGGCCAAGCAAUCUGCGAGACAUCCUCAACAUCACACACUCCGACUGGAGAAUUCUGAACGCAAACUCAAACUGCUGGCAAGAAACGAGCGUCAACUGCAACAAUUUGAAGAUUCGAUCCGUUUCAUGGCUGCAAACUCCCCGUGGAUGAAACCCAAUCGGUUUGAUAGUUUUGCACCAGUACGACAGAAAUGUUUCGCGCAGUGGCUCGUCGAUGCUCGUGACCACAUGUGGGUGGUUUCAAGAGCCAUCAACCAAGCAAAGGAUGUUAUUUAUAUCCAUGACUGGUGGCUGAGCCCGGAACUCUACUUGAGAAGGCCUGCUGCUAUCAGCCAAAAGUGGCGCUUGGAUCGUCUGCUCCAACAAAAGGCUCGCGAGGGCGUGAAGAUUUUCAUCAUCAUGUACCGAAACAUCAACUCGGCCAUUCCCAUUGAUUCAGAGUAUUCUAAAUUCUCCCUUCUUGAACUCCAUCCCAACAUCUUCGUGCAAAGAUCCCCGAACCAGUUCCGUCAGAAUACCUUCUUUUGGGCUCAUCACGAGAAGCUUUGUCUUAUCGAUCACACCCUGGCUUUCGUUGGAGGCAUUGAUCUGUGUUUCGGACGUUGGGAUACACCCCAGCAUCAAUUGACGGAUGAUAAGCCAACUGGUUUUGAGACAACGGAUAUGCCUAAAGACUCAGACCACUGUCAACUCUGGCCUGGAAAGGAUUACUCGAACCCCCGAAUCCAGGACUUUUAUGACCUGGAUAAGCCGUAUGAAGAGAUGUAUGACCGGAAUGUUGUUCCUCGAAUGCCGUGGCACGAUAUUUCGAUGCAUGUGGUCGGCCAGCCUGCCCGAGAUCUCACCCGUCACUUCGUUCAGCGCUGGAACUAUAUCCUUCGUCAGCGAAAGCCUACACGCCCAACUCCCUUCCUUCUGCCGCCUCCGGACUUUAAUGCAGGCGACAUGGAGGCAUUGGGUCUGGAGGGAACUUGCGAGGUCCAGAUCUUGCGUUCUAGUAGCAUGUGGUCAACCGGAACUCCGGAUGUUACAGAGCACAGUAUCAUGAAUGCCUACGUCAAGUUGAUCGAGGAGUCCGAUCAUUUCGUCUAUAUCGAGAACCAGUUCUUCAUCAGUACCUGUGAGAUCGAGGGAAGAAAGAUCGAGAACCUCAUUGGUGAUGCUUUAGUGGAGCGAAUUGUCAGAGCAGCCAAGAAUGAGGAGGCAUGGCGUGCUGUUAUUGUCAUCCCAUUGAUGCCAGGCUUCCAGAAUACUGUGGACAGCGAAGGCGGAACAAGUGUGCGUCUAAUCAUGCAGUGCCAGUACCGCAGUAUCUGCCGUGGUGAGACUUCCAUCUUCGGACGUCUUCGUGCCUUGGGUAUCGAUCCGGAGGACUACAUCCAAUUUUUCAGUCUGCGAGCCUGGGGCAAAAUUGGGCCGCAACAACAAUUAGUCACGGAGCAGCUGUACAUCCACGCCAAGUGUAUGGUUGUGGAUGAUCGAGCUGCCAUCAUCGGAUCGGCCAACAUCAACGAGCGAUCCAUGCUGGGUUCGCGUGAUUCAGAAGUUGCCUCAAUUGUACGAGAUACCGACAUGAUCCAAUCUACCAUGAACGGCAAGCCGUACCUUGUUGGCCGAUUCCCGCACACGCUUCGCAUGCGUCUAAUGCGCGAGCAUCUCGGAAUUGACGUUGACGAGCUUUUGGAGCAUGAUUUUGCCACCGAAGAAGAGCUGCGGAAGAUCCAGGUCGUUGAAGAAGAAGGUUCCCAACCAGGCAAGGGCAAAGAGGGACCGGACUCGGUGUCCUCCAUGAUCGAGCGACAGGAUGAGCGGGAUAUGAUCGAUCGUCGCCACCGCAUUCAAGAUGAGUUCUUGUCUCGCUCGGAAGGCAUGCACAGCUUCAACCAUGAUGUAGACUGGGAACAGGGCAGCAACCCCAACCUCAAAAGCAACAGGAAGCUUACUGCCGACCCGCGUGUCACUUCAAAUCCGGAGCACACUAAAGAUGUGGAUGGCGAGGGAAUUGACAAUUUGAAAGCCGUUGAACAGGCUGGACUGGGCGUCGGUCGUGACUCGCAAAUGAUGCCAGAUGGUAGAGAAGCUUUGCUUUCACCCAUCGCCUCCGAAGGCAAGGGAACCAUUGCUGAGCCAAAGCAGACUCCUUCUCAACAGAAGCCAGGUCGGGCUACAUCAACUCGCAAGGACGGAAAGCUUGGAUCUUCCGCCGACUCUGAGACCAACACCAACUCUGAUAACCCCUCGAAUGGCAAUGGCAAUGGCCACGGCACAUCCGGGUCCUCUAGCCGUGAGUCAGAGUGCGGUGGUAGUUCCGGUUUAAUCGUGUCUAAGGAAAACUACGAUAAUUCUAGAUACGGACAACCAUAUGUCCCCGAUCUAAAGCGCAUCUUCGUCGACAAGGAUUGCAUGAGAGAUCCUUUGAAUGAUGCAUUCUAUCUCGACACAUGGCAGGCCGUUGCAGAAAAGAACACCAAGGUUUUCCGCUCCGUGUUCCGCUGCAUGCCUGACAGUGAAGUCAAGAACUGGAAAGAAUACAAAGACAAAAGCCCCCCCGGACCAGCUUCCCCAGGUGCUGCUUCAGUCUCAGUGGGCUCGCCCACAUCACCUAUCAGUUCCAAGGCAGAGAAUUCUCAGACUAUCAACGAGAAGCUCGAGGCCACCCACAGUGAACCCGAGCGUCCGAAGUCCGAACUUCUGAACCAAGAAACCCUAUCGCCGAUUGACGAGAAGGCUGCUCUCAAGGUAGCAUCCGACCCGCAGCUUGUAUCUAGCGGCCAGAAUGGGGAGGAUGGUGCUGCGGCCGAGGAAGCGGAAAAGCCUCGCUCUGCCUCUGUUCACGUCGAUUACUCCGAGGCCGUUAAUCUCAACGCUUCUCAAUCCCGCAGACGUCGUCGCAGGGCUAACACCAGUGGUUCCAAGCGGGAGUUCCAUGCUUCGGAUGAGGUUAUGGACUCUGCACGAGCGGAGGAUCUUCUAAAUAAGGUCCAGGGUCACCUUAUUCUUUGGCCGUAUGACUGGCUCGAAAAAGAAGAACAAGGUGGAAACUGGCUAUACGCUCUGGAUCAAAUUUCCCCUCUGGAAAUUUAUAACUAA